GAAAGCUGUUAAAAGUGAAAUACGGACUGAUAUUUUUUCUUACUAUAGGUGCAUUUUGGAAGUUUUAACUUGAAAAGAUUUCCAAUUUUAUGUUAACGUUUUCCUAGUUCUUGAAGACUCUGCCAGCUAUAUUGUGAAGAUGGAAGCAAUGGAUGUGCCCCAGAUUUCCAGAUCUGGUAGAGUACUAAAGAAGUCUGCAAAAGUUAAGGAGAUGGAAGAUUUUGAUAUUAAUGAGAUUGACUUGCAGGGAAAGGCUCGGAAAAAACCUCGAAUGGAUGAUUCGGAUGAGUAUGAUGAUAAAAGAGUUGCUCCUAUUAAAAUACCAAAAAUUUCACUUAACAUACCUUCUACUAACAAGAAAAAGGUUGAAAUGCAGCAUUCUAUGACAAAAUUGCCUUUUCAGAACCAAAUGAAAACAAAGCAAGAUAUGAAGCGUCCCAUGUAUCGGGACUCUUCUCCUGAUGGCUCAAAAGAAUCGGAUUCAAGUUCUGUUUCAAGUGAGACAUCUUCAUCUUCGUCUUCCUCAUCAGAAGAUUCAGAUUGCGAUGUUCCAGAUAUGCGUCAAAGAUAUGUAAAUGUUGAUGGCAAAUCAAAUUUGUUACAAAAUAUGCAACAUUUGCCUUCUCAGCAGGAAAAAGUCAUUGUAAAGUCAUACCAACCUUUUGACUCUCCUGUUGCAUUUGUUGAUCAUAACAAUGAAAUGCCCCCUGAUAGUGAGGAUGAAGUAAGUGAUUCAGCACUAGUAAUUGCAGAAGAAUCGAAUGACUCGCUUGCUUUUGGAGGUCGAAAACAAACAAUGAUGGCAGGUUUGAAAAAGAAACCACUAAGGACUGAUCCGUCAUAUGCUCCCAAGAGAGGAAUUGCUCCAAAGAAAAGAAUGCCAACACAAAAAGCCAGGACUACAAAACCAACAAAGCCUGCUGGUAAAUCCAAACCAUUAACUGCUUAUAUGUUAUGGUGCAGUGAAAACCGAAAACGAAUAGCUUCUACAAUGGGUAAUAUUGGGUUUGGAAAUAUUGGAAAGAAAAUGGGUGAAGCAUGGCAAGCAUUACCGGAUAAGGAAAAAAUGGCUUGGAGACGAAAAGCAAAAAGACUUGCUUUGAAAAACUCUGGUGGUCUGAUUAGUACUGGGCCAACUAAUGGUUCCAGCCCCAAAGGUACUGCUCGAUCUGUUUCCAGUUCUGGUGAUGAAAUUUCAUCUCGCAGCAUGUCGGAAAGCUCGGGAUCUCUGGGAACGGCAGCCAUUGAUGCUGCAGCAUAUCUGAAACUUCUUGGAGAUUCCCUUAGUGUAAUUGGACAAAGAUUGACAGAACAUGAGGGCCAACUUGCUGUGUCUGGGAUAUUUUCUGUGCUUCUGGAUACGAUUUUAUGUGUUGUUGGACCCUUGCUUUGUUUAACAUCUGAAUCGCCUGUGUUGAACAGUUGUCCCCCUGAAACAUUUGCUAAAACUUUAGAUAGUAUUGCAUAUUUUAUGCCAGGAUUGUAAAGGCAUCACAAUUGUACAUAUUUUAAAUUGUAGCUGUAAAUAUUAAACUGUAUAUAUAUUAAAAUGUUUUUUUCCUUGUCAAAGUAAAUUUUAAAAAGAGCAAAACAUUAAAAGAUUGAAAAGUUAAAAACGUUAAAAAGUUUUUUUUGUGUCUGGGCUAUUUUCUGCGUUCCUGAAUACAAUUUUGCCUGUGGUUGGAUCUUUGCUUUUCUUUACUCUGAAUUGUCUGUUUUAAACUGUUUUCCACAUGAAACAUUGGCUAAAACUUUAGGUAGUAUUGCAUGUUUUAUGCGAGACAUCCUAAUUAUACAUAUUUUAAGUGAGAAUUGUAAAGUAAAUUGUAAAUGAAACUCUACGUAAUUGUUGUAGUUGUACCUGUAUAUAUGCAGUUACAAUUAUGACAGUUACAAUUUUGCAUACAUGCCAUAAAUAUACAGGGUGAUUAUAAAAUAACAUGAGGUUUUCAGAGCCCUCU